CCUAACUGAAUUUCCUGGCUCCGUGCCUGGGUGUGAAGAGCAGCCUAUCAUAAGCAGAACUCAAUCCCCAAGAGCACGGAGAGGGUGGUUGAGAGUUUGGAGGCACCGCAUUUUACAAAAAUUUCUCCGAUAAUAGGCAAGGUGAACUCAGAAAGGAAAUCAAGGGGUGGUAGAUCGGUGGGCAAAAUAGGACAAAAUAAUUGUAUUGGGCCUUCGAAUUUUACGAGAAAUCGAGGCCUAGAGACCCAUUACAUAAAGGAGACUAUGGUGAAUGAAGGAGAGAGCGAAUGGGCCUAGUAUGUUGAGAGCCCAGCCCAUGAUGAUGAGUCGCGGGCUCCCGUUAAACAAAUCUCAAGAGCAGGCGGUUUUAUCCAUAUCACAUGGGGAAAUUGUGGAGAACCAAUACGAGUCCUUUGGGGAAGGGCUUGAAAAUGAGUCUGUCUGGGAGUUUAAGGAGUGGAUGGGCAAGGACAAGAGGCGAAAGACCAAGAAGAAGAAAAGAGCAAAGAAAGCGAGAUCGUGGGCCGCAGUAUAUAGAGAUGCUCUGAUCUUGGCGAAGGUCACUGAUUUCUGGAGAUCAUUGAAGGUGCAAGGAAGGAAGGGAUUCAGUCUCAAGGAAAAACUAAAGCAAACUAAGGUGUUUCUAAAAGGCUGGAGUAAGAAUAUGGUGCCUAAUAUUGAGCAGAAGAUUAGCAAGGCAAAAGAUAAAAUUGAGGAGCUGGAUGUCAUUGGGGAAAAUCGGCAGCUAUCAAAUGAGGAGAUCUUGGACAAGAAAAAUCACUUUUUGGAGCUUUGGAACAACCUGAAGAUACAGCAGAGGAUGUGGAGACAGAAGUCUAGGAAGACUUGAAGGGGAUGCAAAUACCAAAUUCUUCCAUAAGUCUGCUAAGGGCAGGUGGAGGCAGAAUGAAAUUAACAGCAUUGU